UCCUUUUUAUUUGAUUUACAGAUAAUGGCCUUCUUCUUAGAUGAGUUUAGACAUCUUAAAAUCCAACUACAAGAUAUAAAAUCAGCCACCCACAACUUUAGCAACGACAAUUUCAUCGGAGUGCCGAUGCUCUCACAUGGAUGCAGCGCCUCAAGAUAUGCCUUGGGGUCGCAAGGGGACUCAACUACCUUCAUGAUCCCGCGGGGACACAACAAAGAGUUCUUCACCGCGAUAUAAAAAGUGCCAACAUCUUAUUAGAUGAGAAUUGGAAUGCUAAAAUCUCUGACUUGGGGUUGUCAAAAAUAGGUCUUGCUAAUCAGAAACACACAUUUCUUGUCUCUAAUGUUGUAGGUACCUUUGGGUACAUAGAUCCCCUGUAUCUCGAGAUGGGCGUGCUGACAAAAGAGUCAGAUAUAUACUCUCUUGGGGUUGUCUUAUUCGAGAAAACUCGUGGAGCACGGCCACUAAUGGUUGAUGUCGUGGUAAAGCUUGAGAUUGCACUUAAAUCUCAGGAGAUUUAUGAAGGGGUGAAAUUGUCAGAGGAGUACGAAGUGAUAAAAUUGCUGGAGGAGUACGAAGCAAUAAUUAAGAGUGCAACACCUUCUCUUAUCUUUAGAUCCAAAGCGGAAUUGCAAGCGCUUCUCUCCAAAGGGAUUAUCGUUAAUGUUGGCAAAACGGUAAAUGGACAUUUAGGUUGUGGCGCACUGGUAAAGGCUCAGGGGAUGUAGUGAAAAAUCUCAUCUACCGGGUUCAAAUCCAGGCGCCGCUAAAGCGCUUGUGGUCAUCGAGGUCCACCUGCGAUUACGAUGAUUCCAAGCCAUUCGUAGUGGAUUAAUCAGUGUGCAUAAGCUGCCUCAGAAACCACGGUUACCCACAAAAAAAGCUCACAACACUAGAAUCCAUCCUUAAAAAAUCUUUAUUGAUGUUUCCUUAAUUUACGUAUUUUUGAAUGUUGAAACUAUGUAUAAGUUGAAAAGUAAAGUGUACUCAUCCUACAUCAACUUAACUAACUUGAACUUGUUUUAAUGGACAGUGGUUUUUGGUUUUCGUUAAAUAAGAAUGAAGAACAUUGUGAAAUGAUAUCAUCAACAUAAUUUAUUCCUUUGUGGAGGCAUCAUUGUCAUCAUCAGUUUACAGAGGAUUCAAGGUGACAUGUCCUCCCUCUUGUUCCUAUGUAUUUGAUAAUAAAGUAAAAUGAAGGUUUUGUUCUUUAUAUUGCUCAAACAAAUUUUUUAUAAUAUUCUCUAAAACUUAAUCAAUUUUUUCCACCAACAAGAUUGAAUUGUUAUUAUUUUAUAUAAAGUUUUUAAAGGUGUCUCAGGAUAAUAAAGUUAGUAAAAUAUGAGAGAUUCUAAAACAUAGAGGAUUGGUUGGAGUUGAAUGUCAUGUUUUUUAGAGGUUUUAACUUUUAGUUCAAUAUUUUAGAAAAAAUUAUAGAAAACCUGUUUGAGAGGGGAAUCCAUGUUGCUUUUUCCUGUAGAUUUGCAGAGUUCAAUUUAGUACCACCUUUUGGGAAGUUCAAAGCACAUGUCAAACCUCAAUUCUUGUCACGAGGAAUCACAUAUACAGUUAACUUAGUGUUCAAACUCAAAAACCGAAAUGGGAACUCAAACGAACCUACGUAUUUAGCCCUCGAUUACAAACUGAAAGGGGAGACAAAAUAUUCAACAACAUACCUUGCACAUGAGAGAGAACAUAGAUGGAUGACGGUUGAAUUGCGUCAGUUUACUAGCGACAAAAGAGAUUUUGACCUUGAAAUUCUAUUUGAUGGCACUAAAUUUCCUUUUGACGCCCUCGUGGUAGAAGGCAUUGAGUUUCGGCCCUCAGAGAGAGUAAGUUGGUGAAUACUCGUUUAUAUGUUUACAUCAUUUUUCCUUUAAGUUGUUCUUAAACUUUCUUUGCCACACUAACAUUUUGUUAUAUAGAAAAUUGGAUCAGGUAUGUGCGAAAUCAUCGCAUAAUAACUUUUCUUAAACUAUAUUUUGACCCUUUACUGCUUGGGUUACACGGAAUUUGUUCGAAGAUGAUAUCAAAUUGCACCCUGAAUCUUGCUCAAGGUUCUAGUUAGGGGUUGUUUAUCAAACACUUACCAACAAUUCUCGAUCUGAUGAUUGGAAAUAUUACCCCAUAAAAUAUGUAAAGGUAACGACUCUUGCUGCUAAGCAUUU